GCCGCCAUCGGUCCAUCACAGACCUUAAGCCACUCUUCUUCUUCUUCUUCCGCAACUGCUUCUCAGCAACACUCAGAUAAUUUUUUUUCAACGAUUUCAGAUCCGAAUACCCAUUUCUAACCCACCCAUUUGCUGCAUCGUGGAGCCGAACCGCUUCUGCGCAACAACCAGAUGUGGAUUCUACACACGUGAUGAGGUUGAGAAGAAACACAGAUGAUGAACAAUUGAGGCUGUCGGAUCCGGAACAUCACACUGUUUCUCGACCCUUGGAUAGGAAAUGUGAGCAGAAUCCAAUGAGAUUGAUGGGGAUCUUGGUCGUUUGCUUGAUGGUUGUUUCAGUUCUGUUUUCAGUGUCUGUGGUCCUUAGAGACCCACCAUCUGAUGGAGUUUGGGCUAGUGAAGAAACUAAGUUUCUUCAAGUAAAUCCUAGGAAAGAUGCAGAAGAUAAUCUCUCAUGGUCAGCCGCAGAACCUAAAGAUAAACUGCUUGGCGGCCUUCUUGAUGCUGGAUUCAAUGAAAGAUCUUGUCUCAGCAGGUACCAAUCAGCCUUAUAUCGCAAAGAACUACUGCAUAAACCUUCUUCUUACCUCCUCUCUAAGUUACGGAGUUAUGAAGCUCUUCAUAAACGAUGUGGACCCUAUACAGAAUCCUACAACCGUACCUUGAAACAACUCCAGUUGGGCCAACAUAUGGCGCAAUCAGAUUGCAACUAUUUGGUAUGGAUAUCAUUCAGUGGCUUAGGCAACAGGAUACUAACUCUAGCUUCGGCAUUUCUUUAUGCUAUCCUCACAAACAGGGUCCUACUUGUUGAUCCUGGAGCUGACAUGCCUGAUCUCUUCUGUGAACCUUUUCCCGAGGUUUCCUGGUUACUCCCCUUGGACUUUCCCCUUAAAAAUCAGUUUAACAGCUUUGAUCAGAAAUCCCCAUUUUGUUAUGGGAAAAUGCUCAAGAAUAAGACUUUGACAGAUUCUAGUUGGUCGAUCCUGCCACCUUAUGUGUAUCUCCAUCUAGUCCAUGAUUAUGAUGAUCACGAUAAGAUGUUCUUCUGCAAUCAAGAUCAAUCUUUUCUCCAACAAAUCCCUUGGUUAAUUAUCAAAACUGAUAACUACUUUGUUCCAUCUCUCUUCUUGAUCCCUUCAUUUGAGCAAGAACUCAGUAACCUGUUCCCAGUAAAGGGAACGGUUUUCCACUUCUUGGGCAGAUACCUCUUCCACCCCACGAAUGUUGUAUGGGGGCUUAUCACCAGGUACUAUCAAGCUUAUUUAGCUAAAGCAGAUGAGAGAAUAGGCAUCCAGAUCAGAGUCUUCGACACUGGGAUCGGUCCAUUCCAACAUGUAUUAGAUCAGAUCAUAGCUUGUACCAUGACAGAGAAUUUGCUGCCAGAAAUCAACAUGAGGGAACCUGUCGUUAGUUCAUAUGGACAUCAGAAGUCUAAAGCUGUACUCAUGACAUCUUUGAGCGCUGGAUACUUUGAGAAAGUAAGGAACAUGUAUUGGGAACACCCAACUGUGACAGGGGAAGUGAUAGGCGUUUAUCAGCCAAGUCAUGAAGAAUAUCAACAAACUGAGAAGCAGAAUCACAACAGGAAGGCAUGGGCAGAAAUGUAUCUACUGAGCUUGACUGAUGUGUUGGUCACUAGUUCAUGGUCAACUUUUGGGUAUGUGGCUCAGGGCCUUGGAGGAUUAAAACCUUGGAUUCUCUACAAGCCUGAAAAUCAGACCGCCCCAGAUCCACCUUGUCGCCGAGCCAUGUCAAUGGAGCCUUGUUUCCACGCCCCUCCCUUCUAUGACUGCAAGGCAAAGAAGGGGGUUGACACAGGCGCACUUGUUCCUCACGUGAGGCAUUGUGAGGACAUGAGCUGGGGUCUCAAACUGGUUGAUGACAGCCAGGAACAUGGGGCAUUGUGAGGACAUGAGCUGGGAUCUUAAACUGGUUGAUCACAGCACUGAGUUCUAGUUUGUUGUUUAGUUUGAAGGAAUGUCAUUCAAUUAUUUUUCGAAUAUAUACCCUGUUUUCCCAUGCAAAUCAUUUAGAAGUGUUACUGUUAGUUGAUAAAGGCAUCAGUUGUUGCAGACAUAGUGAGAUGUGUAAGAUUCUUACCAA